AUUGAACAGUGACUGGCCUCUGAUCUCAAAGUAUGAAUUCAUGAAGAAGCCACUAACUGUGGUGACACAGAAUGGUUUUCAGCCUUCACCAACCAUCAGAAACACCUGGGGAAGCUGUUCAAAACAGAGAUUCCCAGGCCCCAUGGCAGACCGACUCAUGAGGAGUGAGGCUGGGAAGCUAUGGCAAAUUCUGCAGUGAUGGUGACAUGGCUGUGCCCCAGGCUUCCCCACUGGGGCCCUUCCAUAAGCCAGAAAGUGCCCUGAUGGAACCCCAGCCCUGCCCUCGAAGCUUGGCUGAGGGCUUCCUGGAGGAGGAGCUUCGGCUCAAUGCUGAGCUGAGCCAGUUGCAGUUUUCUGAGCCUGUGGGCAUUAUCUACAAUCCCGUGGAGUAUGCGUGGGAGCCACAUCGCAGCUACGUGACCCACUACUGCCAGAGCCCCAAGGAAGUGCUAUUCCUGGGCAUGAACCCUGGACCCUUUGGCAUGGCCCAGACUGGGGUACCCUUUGGGGAAGUGAGUGUAGUCCGGGACUGGCUGGGCAUCAGAGGCCCUGUGCUGAGCCCUCCCCAAGAGCACCCUAAGAGACCAGUGCUGGGACUGGAGUGCCCACAGUCAGAGGUGAGCGGUGCCCGGUUCUGGGGCUUUUUCCGGAACCUCUGUGGACAGCCCGAGGUCUUCUUCCGUCACUGUUUUGUCCACAAUCUGUGUCCUCUGCUCUUCCUGGCUCCCAGUGGGCGAAACCUCACCCCUGCUGAGUUGCCUGCCAAGCAGCGAGAACAGCUUCUUGGGCCCUGUGAUGCUGCUCUCUGCCGGCAGGUGCAGCUGCUGGGGGUGCGGCUGGUAGUGGGAGUGGGGCGGGUGGCGGAGCAGCGGGCACGGCGGGCUCUGGCUGGCCUGAUGCCUGAGGUCCAGGUGGAGGGGCUGCUGCACCCCUCACCUCGGAGCCCACAGGCUAACAGGGGCUGGGAGGCAGUGGCCAAGGAGAGACUGAAUGAGCUGGGGCUGCUGCCGCUGUUAACAAAAUGAGUGCCACUGGGGCCCAGUACAGGACACAUUCAAGGUCCCCCAACUCCUUCUUGGGCAAGCAGGUGACUACUACAUGCCUCCUGGAGUGGAACAAGAAGGUCCUCCUCACUGCCUGGUUGCCGGGACCUGCCGUGGCGGUUUUGACGCUACUCCUGUUUGCCCUCCUGA